AUGGCGCUCCUACCUCGGCGGUUUCUGUUCGGAGUUUGCGCUGUAGUGCUGGUGAUCGGCCUCGCAAACUCUGUGCACGGCGAGGCGGCGCCGGUCGUGGUCGGCCUGGCCAGGUGCUCGGACUGCACAAGGAAGAACAUGAAUACCGAGGCAGCUUUCAAAGGUCUCCAAGCCGCUGUCAAGUGUAAGAAUGGCGAGGGCGAGUACGAGAGCAAGGCCGCGGGGCAUGUGGACAAUUCCGGCGCCUUCAGCGUCCCCCUGAACGUGGGCCUCGUCGGCGAUGACGGCGAGCUGAAGCAGGACUGCUUCGCGCAGCUCCACAGCGCGUCUGGUGCGCCGUGCCCCGGGCAAGAGCCCUCCAAGAUCAUCGCGGCACGGCCCGGCCGCGACGGCCAGACGACUUUCGUGGCGCUCGCCGGCGAGGUGCACCGACCGUUGGCUGAAUGCGCCUCGGCGUUCUUGUGCCAUCCUCUGCACAAUCACCACCUGGCCGUCUUCCACAAGCCCGUGAUUGUCCGUCCCAAGCCCGAUCAUUACCAUGAUCAUGACCACGAUCAUGGCCACGAUCACGAUCAUGAUCAUCACCACGACCAGGAUCUCCCGCCUGCUGUCAACAAGCCGCCAACGACGCCGGUGUACACGCCGACGAUGCCAACCCCCACGCCGAUCUACCAUCCCACGGCCCAGCGUGACGCCGUCACGGAGCCACAGCUCUUCAAGAAGAUGCUCCUGUUCCUCAAGAAGCUACCGUUCUUCCCUCCUGCCAAGCAGAGCGGCAAGCCGUAG